CCAAGGUGUCAGUGUGGCUUGAGCCGUCGUGGUGUAGGGUGGUCGCGCGCUCCUGCUCUAUACUCUCGCUGAUAUUAUCCUCAUCUCCUGAAGGUUUCAUGGUGUCGGGAAGUUCAAGCUGACUGCAGAGUAACAUGCAGCGACUCACUCCGGAGCCCCGGGAAGAGCGAAAACGUUUACCCUUAAGAGUGAAGAGAUUUCUCCUCCUGUGCCAUGGUGCCUACCGACCACGACAGUGAACCUUGAAAAGCUGGUGUACUUGAUGUGUGGAGACUGGUGCUUCCCCCCGUGUGUUGUGGUGUGAGUGAUGUGUGUGGGGCAGCCCUCGCUGGGUGUGACGCCUGCCAGCUGGGACUGACACCUGCCUGCUGGGUGUGACACCUUCCUGCUGGGUGUGACGCCUGCCAGCUGGGUGUGACGCCUGCCAGCUGGGACUGACGCCUUCCUGCUGGGUGUGACGCCUGCCAGCUGGGACUGACGCCUGCCAGCUGGGACUGACGCCUGCCAGCUGGGACUGACGCCUGCCCGCUGGGUGUGACGCCUGCCCGCUGGGUGUGACGCCUGCCCGCUGGGUGUGACGCCUGCCCGCUGGGUGUGACGCCUGCCCGCUGGGUGUGACGCCUGCCCGCUGGGUGUGACGCCUGCCCGCUGGGUGUGACGCCUGCCCGCUGGGUGUGACGCCUGCCCGCUGGGUGUGACGCCUGCCCGCUGGGUGUGACGCCUGCCCGCUGGGUGUGACGCCUGCCCGCUGGGUGUGACGCCUGCCCGCUGGGUGUGACGCCUGCCCGCUGGGUGUGACGCCUGCCCGCUGGGUGUGACGCCUGCCCGCUGGGUGUGACGCCUGCCCGCUGGGUGUGACGCCUGCCCGCUGGGUGUGACGCCUGCCCGCUGGGUGUGACGCCUGCCCGCUGGGUGUGACGCCUGCCCGCUGGGUGUGACGCCUGCCCGCUGGGUGUGACGCCUGCCCGCUGGGUGUGACGCCUGCCCCUGGGCGUGACACCUGCCCCCUGGGUGCCGGCGGCGGCCAGUGUGUACGGAACAGUAUGGCCGCCACGGCCUGGUCUUCGCCGCCGCCACCUCCACCAUUACCAACUGUCGCGGUGUAGAAGCCAGCGGAGACGCGUGGUUACCUUAGGGAGCAGCUGGCGGCCGGUGCCACGAGUAACCUGAAGACGGAAAUGUCGUCACUUUCCCUCGCGAACAUGAACGACAACUCCACGGCGGGUGGUGGAAACUCGACCUACAUCGACUAUGGCGUGACAGCCGUGGCCACUCUCUCCUUCUUCAUGGUGGUGUCGAUGGUGCUGGCCCUCGGGGGUAACGUGAUGGUGAUCCUGACCAUCGCCCGACACCGUGGCAUGCGCACCAGGACCAACCUCCUCCUGGCCAACCUGGCCGUGGCCGACAUCCUGGUGGCCGUCCUCGACAUGCCCAUUGCCCUCGUCACCAUCAUCCACGGCGACUGGAUCUUCAGCAAGAACUUCUGCUACUUCAACGCCUUCACCGUGGGUCUGGGCCUCAUGCUGUCCGUCCACACCCUCGUUGGGAUCAGCAUCCACAAAUUUAUCUCCAUCACCCGGCCCUUCUCGAGGUGUAUGACUCCAGGGAAGAUUGUAAUGAUAAUUGUGGCAGCAUGGACCUGGACCAUCAUCUUCAACCUCACCCCGACACCCAUCAUAGGGUGGACUAACUCGACUUACAAGAAAGGAGCAUCACAGUGUGGCCCUCUACCGCCCAAGCAGAAGAUGCAGUUUGUACAUGCUUUUAUCAACACGAUGUUUAAUUUGGUUAUUCCCAUAAUCAUCAUGAGCUACUGUUACUAUCGAAUUUUCAAGGAAGUCAAAGAUCAUCUUAAUAGGAUGAGAGACUUUGCUGAUGUGAGCGUGCGCAAUUCUCUGAUACAGCAGAAGCAAAUCACUGAGACUCUCUGCAUCGUACUCUCUCUCUUCCUGCUCUUCUGGAUGCCAUACAUCAUGUAUUCUCUUUCUUUAGUUUUCUUGGGGUCAGAAAAUGUUCCAGAAAUAUUGAACCCAAUAGCGUACUUAUUUGGUUAUAUGAAUUCUGCUUGCAACCCUAUUAUCUAUGCUCUUCGUUCACAAUCGUUUCGCAGAGGCUUCAGUGAGAUUAUCUGCCGGAGCCACAGAGUACCAGCAUAUUCCUUUAGCGGUGGAUCCAUCAUCCAUGGACGGUCAACUCUUAGAAGGACCGCCACUGGUAGAACACAGUAUGACCAAGUUCCAGCUUCCAGAAAUUUUGGGGGAAUGAUUGUGUCUUUCCGGAAGUCAUUGUGGAGAACUCAUGAUAAAAGUGAUCAGAAGAUUAGUCGAGUGAAGAAAAAAGAAUGUCAGCAGCUAACAAAUAAUUGUCAGCAAAAGAUGGGUACUACAAGAGUGGAACCCAAAGGACAAAGGAGUAACAUGCCCCAUCAUCCAAGAGAUCCCGAGAAAAAUGUUGGUAGAGAUGAUAUCAGUAAGGAAGAAGAGCAGGCCACAGACUGUGGACCUGAUAGUGGGAAUGUAAAAGAACAUAACAAUUCUGAUGCUUCUAGACAGUUCCACUGUGACCCACAUACUGCCGAGGAAGGUGUCGCCAGUAAACUGGGAGAACAAACUCCAGCAAACACUGCCCUCGGCAGUAAUGCGAGUCUUGAUGCGAAUAAUGAUGCUUUAGAAGAAACAGGAGGGAUGGCGUUUGCCAAUGAACUGGAUUUACCUGAGGUGUGUCUACCUCUCAUGCAAGAUAGUUCUAUGUCUAAUCUUUUCAUCAUUAACAAAUCUGAUAUGGGCUGCAGUAGAGAGCAACAUGCCAAUGUUGCUACUCCAGAGUGCCUCCAGUUUGUUGAGACUUCUUGCCCAAGUUCUUCACAGCCUAAUAUCACAGCAUUGCAAUGGCCAGGACUUGGAAUUCAGUGUCUAGACAAAAACAUAAGUAAAAGUCAUAGGGAGAUACUUUUUACACCUGCAGCCAUUAUGACUAAACAUAUAAAAUCAGCUUCAGUUGGGGAUAUUACAUCAACUCAAUUCAAGAAGCUACAGAAUAAUCAAUUUUCACCUCAAGUAAGACCUCUUCAAGGUUCAAAAGUACAGAAACCCCAAUGGCCUCUUGUAUGGCAGCCUAGUGUAGACAAUCUGUAUGGGUCUCCAAUUUUAUCUAGAAAAAGAAUUUUCCAUGUAAGGAAAACAUUGGCAGUAUCUAAAUGUGGUGAUCUGACUGGACAGGGUAAACAUUUGAGGGUAGCUGCUCUUAUUAAUAAUGUUAAGAGAUCAUUUUCUGAUCUUUUCAAUUUGGAGGAAAGCAAUAUUCAAAAUGUUACAGCUAUUGAAAAAUUUUAUACAGCUGAUGCUGAUGAGAAAAAUGUUUUAAAUAAUGAGACAAAUAUAGUAGAGUCCUGAUUUUCUAAAGUAUUUGAGAAUUUGGGACUCGUAACAUUGUGGUUAAUCUUUACUUCGUUAUUCAUGGCUUAUUUUUUUUCAUUCUGGAAAGGAUCCCUCAAUAGCCUGGUGAGCUUAGUUCUGGUACCACAAAGUCUUAGCCCAACACACCAGGCCUCCGAGGUCUGUCUGCCUCCUACCGAGAGCCAAGACCAGAAUCUGACUCUACAAAAUGUGGAGAGCAAGGGAAUUGGAGAUCAACCUCAAAGCUAGGGAAAAUCACCAGAAUGUAUGAACACAAAACAAACAAAAGCUUGAAGGAAAUGGGGACCCUGGAUGGCAGCCCAGGUCACCUGGGGUCAUAGCGGGCCUGUGCCCUCACUCCUCCAUCUGAUGUAACCUAUCCAACACCAGUAGCUUAUUUUGUGUCCAUAAUUGGCAAAACAGUUUCAGUUAAGAGGUGAUGGCUUUCCAUGGAACAUUAUUUUCCGCUGGUGGCCAUUGCUUAAAAAAAAAAAAUAAUAAUUUUCAUUAUAUUUGUCAGCCAUAUUUAAUGUGCCCUAGCAUUCCAUUUUGCAUCUGACCAUGGUCAGGAUUUCCUUUCCAGGGAUUAGCUUGGCUCUGGGAGCUUGCAACCUCGCGAAGCAGGUAUCUCCAAUAACCCACCAGAGAUACCUGCUUUAAGAGGUUGAAGGAAUCCCCUUUAUGGGCUGACUACUCUUGUGUUAUUUUGCUUCCAGGCAAGCACAUGAGAUAUAUUCUCUCAUACAGGGCCAGAUGAUGGAGAGAAAUAUGGCUCCUCAAAUUAGAAAAAAAUCAUCCGUUCAAUGUAAUGAAAAGCUUCUUGCUGGUGGCGGGCCCCUCCUCUGAAUCUUCUUAAGCUACUCACCUGGAAUCCUCCAAGCCUAAGUACCACUCCAGGUUCUAAUGAAUCAUGAGCACCUAGUGGAAACCAGAACUAGAAUCUGGUCCCAUCAAUAAGAAAAUAUACAAGCUCAUUAAAUUACUGAAGAAAACAUUAACAUGGAAAAUAUUGAGAAAAUCUGUAGGAGCUAUGAUGAGGGUUCGGACCUAUGCGGUGGGAGUUCCCACGCACACGCUCUUAGCGACUAGACCAUGACAUGGAUAAGAAUUACUUACGUGUGUUCAGUAGAACACACAAGGAUUUCCUGAGGCUUCUAUUAAAGCUGGGAGCCUUAGGCUCUGUCAUCUGGAACUUGUUCUACCUGUGAUGCUCCUCUUUCAAUACACUGAGUAAUCACACUAAUGUGACUGUAUCAACGAGUAAAUUUAUAGGAGCCAUGAUGAGGGUUCGAACCUAUGCGGUGGGUGUUCAUAUGCUCUUAGCGACUAGACCACGACAGAUGACAUAGGUUCGAACCCUCCUACGGAUGAGGGUUCAUCCGUAGGAGGGUUCAUCCCCACCAUGAGUGUAGCUCUCAUCCUGUAAAUAUACAGUUUACUAAAUUGUUGUUCAAGUGUGUAAAUUGCAUGUAUCUAUUAUUUGUGAAAAUACAUUUCAUGACUCGUUCACGUAUAUACCGAUGCAAUACUAUGUAUUUUUACAGAAAUUCUAGAUGUUUUUGAGGAUGAGACUACCUAUUGCUUAAAAUAAGUAUAUUAAGCAAUUACUGGCAAUUAAAAUUUGUAAUAAUUUGUCUUGUAUAUAGUAGAGUAUUAAGCCUUGUAUAUAUUGUGUAUAAAAUUAUAGGAUAAAAGAUGUUAUUAAAAAAAUCUUAGCUUUUCUUAGGCAAUGCCUUUCUCUAAAUAAACUGCUGGGUAUAUUUUUUUAUAUAAUGUAAUAUGAAAUAAUUAAAUCCUAUAUAUUCUUG